UAAAAUUCAAAUUUUUAAAAAAGAAAAAAAGGGAGGGAAGAGAAGAUUUCGUUUUAUGGUAAAAAACUUAUUCAUCUCAGUUAUUUCUCAAAAAGAAGCAAAUAGGGGAUCUGUUGAAUUUCAAGUAUUCAGUUUCACCAAUAAGAUCCGAAGACUUACUUCACAUUUGGAAUUGCACAGAAAAGACUAUUUAUCUCAGAGAGGUCUACGGAAAAUUCUGGGAAAACGUCAACGGUUGCUGUCUUAUUUGGCAAAGAAAAAUAGAGUACGUUAUAAAGAAUUAAUUGGUCAGUUGGGUAUUCGGGAGACAAAAAUUCGUUAAUUUGAAGAGUCCUUUUGAAUUAUUUGAUUUAGUAGAUCUUGAAUUUUGAUGAACUUCUUUUCGUUUUCAGCAAUUCAUGGAAGAAUGAAUCAGGGGAAAACCUAUGAAUGUACCAGCUACAAGAGAAGACCUCAUGAUAGUCAAUAUGGGUCCUCAUCACCCAUCAAUGCACGGUGUUCUUCGACUCAUCGUUACUUUAGAUGGUGAAGAUGUUAUUGACUGUGAACCAAUACUAGGUUAUUUGCACAGAGGGAUGGAAAAAAUUGCAGAAAACCGAACAAUUAUACAAUAUUUGCCUUAUGUAACACGUUGGGAUUAUUUAGCUACUAUGUUCACAGAAGCAAUAACCGUAAAUGCACCAGAGCAGUUGGGAAAUAUUCAAGUACCUAAAAGAGCCAGCUAUAUUAGAGUGAUUAUGUUGGAGUUGAGUCGUAUAGCUUCUCAUUUAUUAUGGCUUGGCCCUUUUAUGGCAGAUAUUGGUGCACAGACUCCUUUCUUCUAUAUUUUCAGAGAAAGAGAGUUAGUCUAUGAUCUAUUCGAAGCUGCCACCGGUAUGAGAAUGAUGCAUAAUUAUUUUCGUAUAGGAGGAGUAGCUGCUGAUCUACCGCAUGGAUGGAUAGAUAAAUGUUUGGAUUUCUGCGAUUAUUUUUUAACAGGGGUUGCUGAAUAUCAAAAACUUAUUACGCGUAAUCCUAUUUUUUUAGAACGAGUUGAGGGAGUAGGCAUUAUUGGUGUAGAAGAAGCAAUAAAUUGGGGUUUGUCAGGACCAAUGCUACGAGCUUCCGGAAUACAAUGGGAUCUUCGUAAAGUUGAUCAUUAUGAGUGUUAUGACGAAUUUGAUUGGGAAGUCCAAUGGCAAAAAGAAGGAGAUUCAUUAUCUCGUUAUUUAGUACGAAUUGGUGAAAUGGUGGCAUCUAUAAAAAUUAUUCAACAGGCUCUGGAAGGAAUUCCGGGAGGGCCGUAUGAGAAUUUAGAAAUCCGAUGCUUUGAUAGAGCGAGGGAUCCCGAAUUGAAUGAUUUUGAAUAUCGAUUUAUUAGUAAAAAGCCUUCUCCCACUUUUGAAUUGUCGAAACAAGAACUUUAUGUGAGAGUCGAAGCCCCAAAGGGAGAGUUGGGAAUUUUUCUGAUAGGGGAUCAGAAUGUUUUUCCUUGGAGAUGGAAAAUUCGACCGCCGGGUUUUAUCAAUUUGCAAAUUCUUCCUCAGUUAGUUAAAAGAAUGAAAUUGGCUGACAUUAUGACGAUACUAGGUAGCAUAGAUAUAAUUAUGGGAGAAGUUGAUCGUUGAAAUGAUAAUUGAU